AUGAUUGAUGCAGUACCGACGUACUAUAAAGACAUUGAGGUCGGUACUAAGCAUCAGUAUCUUAGAUAUAAAAAACCAGGCGACAAGUACGGAAAAUAUUAUGUUAAAUGCAAUGAACUAGUAAAGCGUCCUGACGGAACUAUAUGCCACUGUGCAAUGGAAGAAAUGCGUGAGGAUCAUUUCAAAAAAUGGAUCCAAAACAAACGGCACAUAUGCACACCAGGAGAAGUAGCAUCACAACAAACAAUCGAUCAAUACUAUCAAAACGUCCCAGCAACAGGGCUUACACCUAUAUCGUUAGGGGAUAUCUAUGAACAGCUUGCUACAUUUACUGGAAGAUUUAACUUGGCUCUGAAUACCUUCUCAAGCCCAGAGUUUACAAAGCUAGUUAAAACCAUUAUAAUGUAUACUGCAGACUCGAUGAUAUUGAAGUUCCCACAGUUACACAAUGUUAACAUCAAUGUUGAUAAACUAGCUUCUCAAAUAUACCAGCCUAUUUCAACUGACAAACUAAGGCAAACAAUGAUACAAAUUGCAAAUUCAAUCCAUGUUGCAAAAGUUGAUGAGUUUGCUAAGCUUGCCUGUACCUGUGUUGCCAUUGAUGAGGGGAAGACUCAGCAGUUUCACAAUCUGGACUUCUCCCUCACAAAUCCUCUGCAAAGCAAGCGGCCCUAUCCUGUUGAGUCAAUCCAAAUGAAUGGUGGAACAUCUGAAGAUUAUAUCCACUCGCUUACUCAAGGAUUUAACAGAAUCUUCAUUAGAGAUGUUAAGAUCAGCAGUGUAGUUUGCGAUGGCAAUAAAGCGCAAUUGAAAUGUUUUCAGAAAGGAUGGAAUCAAUCGUUCUACAACUCAAAUGACCCAAG